AUGAAUUCACACACAGCAGCCUUCGGCGCUCCCAGCCCGGCGCUCUCGCGACGACCGUCCAUCAGCUCUCGACUGUCCUUUGCCGUGUCCAAUGCAGAACAGGGCGAAGCCUCUGCUAGGAACGCACCAAGAGAGGGUCAGAUUGAAGAGGAGAUUGCCGAAAUCAAGAGAUAUGAGGACUUUACAACUAUAGAUUGGGUACAAGAUGCUGCGAGGGAACAAGCACGGCGAAGUGCUCGCAGGACUCGCACAGCAGGAGUAUACAGGCUCGGACAACCCGGCUGGAGAUAUCGCCUCUGGGAAUCCUACGAUGCCGCGCAGGGAUGGAUCGUUGUAACUAUCAUUGGAGCCGCCAUUGGGCUCAACGCGGCGUUUCUGAAUAUUGUGACGGAAUGGCUAUCAGAUAUCAAGACUGGCCAUUGCACGACGGGGUUUUAUCUCAACGAGAAAUUUUGUUGUUGGGGAGAGGAUAACGGCUGUGAAGCGUGGCAUCGAUGGACAGGCUUUGGUCCUCUUAACUACUUUAUCUACUUCAUCUUUGCGACAACUUUUGCUUGGGUGUCUGCAACGCUGGUCAAGUCGUAUGCUCCAUAUGCAGCUGGAUCUGGCAUAUCGGAGAUCAAAUGUAUCAUUGCUGGCUUUGUGAUGAAGGGGUUUCUUGGAUUUUGGACCCUGUUGAUCAAGUCCAUAUGCCUGCCACUGGCCAUCGCCUCCGGCCUUUCGGUUGGAAAGGAAGGACCCAGUGUUCACUACGCCGUCUGCACCGGAAAUGUUAUUUCAAGGCUGUUUAACAAAUACAGGAGUAAUGCGUCCAAGACUCGCGAGAUUCUCAGCGCCUGUGCCGCCGCUGGUGUCGCUGUCGCCUUUGGCAGCCCUAUUGGCGGAGUGCUUUUCUCACUCGAAGAGAUGUCGAGUUAUUUUCCGCUCAAGACGAUGUGGCGGAGUUACUUUUGUGCCUUGGUCGCCACGGCGGUGCUAUCUGCCAUGAACCCUUUUCGAACGGGCCAGCUGGUCAUGUUCCAAGUCAAAUAUGACCGAGACUGGCAUUUUUUCGAGGUCGUCUUUUACAUCAUAAUAGGAAUUUUUGGCGGGCUGUAUGGUGCCUUUGUGAUUAAGUGGAAUCUGCGAGCGCAGGCUUUCCGCAAAAAGUACUUGACGAAAUAUGCCAUCCUAGAGGCGACACUCCUCGCGGCGGGAACUGCCAUCAUUGCCUAUCCGAACGCUUUUCUCAAGAUCGACAUGACAGAGAGCAUGGAGAUUCUUUUUCUCGAGUGCGAAGGAGCCGAAAACUACCACGGGCUCUGCGACAAGGAUAAGAGAGCAUGGAAUCUCGUGUCACUGAUCCUUGCAACGGUACUGAGAGUGUUCCUGGUCAUUAUCUCGUACGGUUGCAAGGUGCCCGCAGGAAUCUUUGUUCCUUCCAUGGCCAUUGGUGCCUCCUUUGGACGUACCGUUGGCAUUAUUGUCCAAGCCAUUUAUGAAGCAAACCCAACCAGCGUCUUUUUUUCUGCUUGCAAGCCAGACGAACCAUGCAUCACACCGGGCACGUAUGCUUUCCUCGGCGCAGCGGCGGCAUUGAGCGGCAUUAUGCAUCUCACUCUGACUGUCGUCGUCAUCAUGUUUGAGCUUACUGGAGCACUCACAUAUAUCCUCCCAACAAUGAUUGUUGUUGGCGUCACCAAGCUUGUCAGCGAGAUGUUUGGCAAGGGCGGUAUUGCCGAUCGCAUGAUUUGGUUCAAUGGAUUUCCAUUUAUUGAUAGCAAGGAGGAUCACAAUUAUGGCGUUCCCGUCUCCCAGGUCAUGCGAAGCUCAGUCGUGUCACUUUCUGUUAAUGGACUAACAGUUGCUGACGUCGAGGAGCUGCUGGCCGAGGACAAAUAUCAGGGAUUCCCCAUCGUUUUGGAUAGCACUUCCAAGACGCUGGUUGGCUACAUUGGUAGGACCGAGCUGCGCUAUGCCAUCGAUCGCGCAAAGCGUGAACGGCCUGUUUCUCAAGAUGCAAAAUGCUUUUUCUCUCCGCAUCCGACUCAGGCGCCUGCGAUCACUCCCGUUACGCCCGCUUUCCGCUCAGACACUGCGGCCUCAUCGCCUCUUGACUUUAGCCGGUACAUUGACGCCACGCCCGUAACGGCACAUCCUCGCUUGCCUCUGGAGACUGUCAUGGAAUUAUUCCAAAAGAUUGGACCUCGUGUCAUUCUGAUUGAAUAUCAUGGAAAGCUUUCUGGCCUAGUUACCGUGAAAGAUUGUUUAAAAUACCAGUUCAAAGUAGAAGCGGCGGAGAAUCCAAAGGAUGACCAACACGUCGUAGAAGGACAGGAGCAUUUAUGGAGCGCGCUUCGCAGAGUGGGAUUCUGGGUUUCUAAUUCGGUGUCGACUGUUUCACGGGGUCAUGUAAGGCUUAGUGGGCAAUUUGAUGAUGAACGGGCGCGUGGGAGGAGAGGGAAUAUCCUGGACGGGGAUGAGGAGGGCGUUGAUGAGGGCGUUGAGUUGGAAAGAAGAUAG